CAACAAUAUCGAUCGAAGAUGUAGUAAAAAUUAGGCCUAACUUCUAGAGUUUCUAACAAAUGUCUCGGGAAACUUAAAGAAGUAAGAAGAGGUGACAGACUGUUAUGUAGCAUGGACAAGCUAUCAAGAGCCGUAGAGUAUGCGGAGUAUUUAGGCCAGGCAGCUAAACAAAGGCCUGAUUCACUGUGUAAGCCAUCAUCCAGCAGUAAAAGUAAAUCAAUUCACCAGAAGCUUCACGAUUUGUACAUAGAAUCCUGCCAGAACCAAGAUGAUAGCAAGGAUAUUGUGCUGUCCUCUAAUCUACUGUCAAAGUUGGUCAGGAGAGACAAACUGAAUUGUCUGAUCCUCAAGCUGUACCCAGGAAAUGAGGGCUACUCCAUUAUGUUACGGGGGCGUGGAGGGGUAGAGCUAGAGACACUGAAGCUCCCAUAUGAGGUAUCAGAGCUACUGGACUAUGUGGACUCUUCUGAGCUUCCUCCGUUCCUUGUGGAUCUUCUGGAGAAAGCUCAGGUGAACGUGCUCUAUAGUGGCUGUGUUAUUCUGGAGGUCCGAGAUUACAGUCGGUCAAUCACCGGCUCAUACGACACACAAUAUGUUCUACUGAAAUCCACGCCUCAGUCGAUGUUGUCAGACAUGUACAAUAUAAUCAAUGACGGCCAUC